UGCGUGCCCCUCCGUUGUUUACCGCCAGUUUAAAAGAGCGAGCCCCAGCGAGUGUGCACACCUUUUGAAGCUUUGUCAUCCUUCAACGCAAACAUGGUAGCCAUGUUGAAGCGAGUCAAGUCGUUCCAAAUCGUUUUCACCGACACGAAGACUUUCUACUGCGGCGGGGACAGACUGUCGGGCCGUGUGGAAUUGGAAGUCAACGAAGUGACACGCGUGUCUGCCGUCAAGAUUCUCGGGUUGGGAUCCGCCAAAGUGGAAUAUCCCAAAGGCACGCAGCGCUGUCGAGAGGAGGCUGAAUAUCUCCGAUAUGAAGCCCUUUUGCGCCUUCACGAUCAACCGACAGACGCUGACGGUUCAGUUCUCUUGAGGCCAAACAACAAAUACGAGUACAAGUUUGAAUUUGAGCUCCCUCAACAGGGGAAGCUGGUGUCGUCUUACAAAGGCAAGUUUGGCUACGUCCACUACUAUGUCAAGGCCAAGCUGGAGAGACCGCAGCAGCCCGUCCUUGAGUGCAAGAAACACUUUGAGGUGGAAGAACCUCUGGAUGUCAACACGCCAGACCUGCUGUGCCCGACUGGCGGUAUGAAAGAGAAGAAAGUCACCUGCAUGUUCAUCCCAGAUGGCCAGGUGUCGCUCAACGCCAAAAUUGACCGCCGCGGAUUCUGUGAGGGCGAGGACAUCUGCAUCAACGCCAAGUUCGAGAACACGUGCUCGCGCAUCGUGGUUCCCAAGGCGGCCAUCAUCGCCAAGCACACCUACCAGGCCAACGGCCGCACCAAAGUCUUCCGCCAGAAGCUGUCGUCGGUGCGAGGCAACCACAUCAUCUCUGGGAUGUGCGACGCCUGGCAGGGCAAAACCAUCCGGGUGCCCAAGAUCAAACCGUCAAAGCUCGACUGCAACUUAAUCCGCAUGGAGUAUGCAUUAAUGAUUUAUAUCCACAUUCCCGGGAGCGAAAAGCUGAUUCUGGAACUGCCCCUGGUGAUCGGGACGCCCGGUCUGGGCAGCCGCAGCAGCAGCGUGAGCAGCCAGGACGGUUCGCUCAGCUGGGUGUCGCUCGCCAUGCCCGAGCCCCCCAGCUACCGCGACGUCACUCGCGACGUCCACAUGGAUCAGCCGCUGACGCCGCUCCUGGAUGACUUUGAUGGCGAAGACAGCCCCAUCUUCAUGAACCCGCCGGCGUUCUGUUUCCCGGCGGCGCCUCCGGUCUACACUGAGACUGAGGAGGAGUUCAACAUCAACGCUCACAUGCUGCCGGUGUGCUGAAGUGCCUUUUCUACAACUGUGGUCCAGCUCUCAGAGACUGUUGAACUGAGGCUGGUGGGAAAAGAGAAAGAAGCUCCCGAGCUGCGGAGGGCACGACACGACAGGACAAGACACGGCAGUCACGUGCACUUGCGCUUGCCAACCGCGCAGGCGGGAUGUUGCACUCGACAUGUCGCUCGAGUUUUCCCUUCUGUGGGUGCUGAGAGCUGGCGGCUUCGAGGACGCGCGCUGAGCUCCAGCCACCCAAUUCUGAAUAAGCUGUCGUUUGCUUGGUUCUGGUGGUAGCCCCCAACAACCUGCUGUCCGAUUGUGGCCAGGGUUUAUUUGCCCACCCUGCUUUGUCAUUCCACGGUCAGCAAUAGACCAUGUACCUGUUUGUUUGGCUCUUGGAAUGGAUUACACUUGAUGGUCCUUCCUGGAUGCUGGUAGAACCUCAUUGUUAUUUCUCUUUGUUUUCUUGAACAUAUUCAGCCGUGUUUGCUUGAAGAGGGUUGUUCUUGAAGGUUGCACUUUGAUCAUACAUUAUGCUGUACUACUGCCUGAAUCGCUUUUGAUUUGAAUCCAAUAUGGAAUAUUUAGCCGCUGUGUGGAACCUUACAUUAGCUUAGCAUAGCCACAUGCACUUUUCUUAACCUGGCUGUGCCAAACAGGUUUUUAACAUGCUAUUGGUCGACAAGCCAUAGUCAAUGUUGGGAUAGAUAAUGUGUUGUUUCUACCGGGUUUUCUGUUGUCCUAGACAGCAUUUCACUUCAAAGAUUCUUGCUGUUUUGAUUUACAGCUUCCUGUCUUCAGGACGCAAAAGACUGAUUUGUAAAAAAAAAAAAAA